GGCACAAAACUAUUUUGCAGAAUAAGCGACCCUCCGCCCGACUUCUCCCCGGAGACAGAGAGUCGCCAGAUGACGUGGUCGAUGCGCUCGGGCAUCACCAAGUGCAAGGUGGAUGACGAGCUGCUGGCCGGGGUCAAUGUGAAGCCCCUGGUGGCCAUCCACGAGCGCUGGAUCCAGGAGGCCAACAUGAAGACUGAGAGGUCCAAGUCAUUGCCCGAGAGCAAAUCGCGUAAGGUAGGCAUUGCAGUAAAGCCGGCGUCACACUGUGUGGACUUCCAAAGGUCUCUGCCGCAGCUAUACUUCCAGGCUGGCGCCGCCGACCCGUACCGGGGCCCGUCUGUCUCACCAGCCAGCGGCUCCACGAAAAAUGGAAGUCCAUGGGAUGAGAUAUUCUCAAAGACGUUGACUCUACAUGAUCUCGAGCGAGGAUCACAAAGGGGCGAAACAGACAAAUCAACAAUAACGGAUGACAUGAUCCACAAACAAACAGUAAAUCAGGCUACAGACACGCGCAGCAUUGAGGAGUUCAUCCGACACUUGAUUCAGAAAGAACUACAGUCCAUAGCCCAGGACUUCUCUGAGACGGCGUCAGAAGCUUCGAGAAGAACCGAUGAACUGACACACAAAGUCGUGAACGUUCUAGAAAGUAAUGGAGAAAAAACGCCAGUAAAAUGUUUCUCGAAAGUGAAGAUCAACGGUAACAAUAAGCCGUUGGUGCAGAUUACGUUCAGUCGCUCCGGUGAAAAUACUUUACAAGUUCUGGAUAACUGUGUCAACGUGACGGUAUGUGAUAGCGGCAAGGACAAGAUAAGUGUGUCUUUGGACGAUACGGUCUCCGAGGAGGGUCAUGUUCAUGCUCUGAAGAGAUGCCAAGCUUUCAAUGCUAUUCAGGAGGCUAGAAGCACUGAGGACAUAUACAUAGACGAUGAGCUGUCAACACAAAUACAAGAGAACUUCGGAGGGAGAGUGAAGAUCCUGCCGCUGCACGGGUCUCUACAUGAAAUACUGUGCGAGAAAGAAGAUGAUUGCUGCUUGAUAAAGGUGAAGCGUGAAAACGGAUGCGACUCAUUGUACUUCCGGUGCGAUUCCGACACGGAGUCACGUGACGCGACCGACGGUCACAACCACCCGUGCUCACACAAACACAAACACACCGACACGGUGGUAUACAAGCGCAUCUCUCUCGUCGAGGAAAUACAGCGCGUCUGCCCCAAACGAAACAACCCUGUCACGGCCCUCAGGAUGCUCAGCGACAGACUCAAAUCUAGACCAAAAUCCGAAGUAUUCCUUAAAAACAUCACUCAGGAAACCCGAGCUAUGAGCAACAGUAGCCCAUCACUCCUCACCAAUGACAGAGAAGUGGAGGUGAACAUCGAGAACGUGAUGAGUUACCAGGACUCUUCGUCGGACGAGAAUAUCAAGUGUGACGAUGAUGACUUCGAGAUCAUCGAACGAGAGAUCGAGGAGGGACUCGCCGCUGCCAAGUAUUGUGUAACCGGCGGCCUGGAAAAGAUCUCUGAAGAGAACCUUUCCGUAUUAAAUGACGAAAUUGAUUCAAUUAUUUUUUAAGCUGGCUUAAGAUUAAUCUAUUUGGUUGAGUGUACGAUCGCAUUUAAGAAUCCAAAGAGUUUAUUAAGUUUUGAAUUUUUUAGUUUUAAAUAACAGUGCAAGAAUUAUGUGAUUUAGAUUAAGAGGCCGAACAUUCCAGAUUGGUUGUGAUUUUAGAAUAAUUGAUAUAUUUUUUUAAUUAUUUCCACUUGUUUUUAAUAUUAUUAAUUUUAUCGUUUUUACCUCGGUUUUGAAGUGUUUUUUAAAACUAUCUAAUAUUUAGAUCUGCUGCUAUUUUAACGUUGUAGUAAAUUGAAUUAAUUUAGAAGAAAUAUAGUUUGUACUUGAUUAAUACG